GACUAUGCCUUGGCGAUCAUCUGCGCACUACCCCUCGAGCUGGCGGCCGUCAAAGUGAUGCUCGAUGAGGUGCAUGCCGAGCCUCAGCUGGAGUCCUCCCACCAGUGCAGCUACAUCCUGGGGAAAAUCGGAGACCAUAGACUAGUGGUAGCGUGCCUGCCAUCGGGCGUCUAUGGCACCACCUCUGCAGCAGUGGUGACCGCGUAUUUGCGAUCGACCUUUCCCAAUAUUCGAUGCGGACUGAUGGUUGGGAUUGGAGGGGGUGUACCGAGCGAAACUGCAGAUAUUCGUCUCGGCGAUCUUGUCGUGAGCAAGCCCACGGGGACCUACCCCGGCGUGGUCCAGUAUGACAUGGGCAAAACUACCAGUGGCGGGGGCUGUGAAUAUACCGGGACAUUGAACCAGCCACCCACCAGCCUGCUAAUGGCUGUCGCUCGGCUCGUGGCGGAUGAUAAGAUACGCCGGAGCGACACGAUCUCACAGUCCAUCGCAUGUGUGCUCAGGCAAAACCCAGACAUGCAGGCCGAAUUUUCCCGGCCCACGGAAGAGGAUCGCUUGUUUCCAUCGACAGAUCCGUCGGGGGUGCCCAAUGAAACGGAACAACCGGUCCCCCGGGCUAUACGAGGGUCGGACAAGCCACAGAUCCACUACGGCAUCAUUGCAUCGGGGAAUCAAGUGAUGAAGGAUGGUCGAACUCGGGACCAGAUUGCGCAAAGGUUGAACGCGUUAUGUUUUGAGAUGGAGGCCGCGGGGAUUAUGAAUCACCUCCCCUGCCUGGUGAUCCGGGGCAUCUGUGACUAUUGCGACUCCCACAAAAACAAACAGUGGCAGGGAUAUGCCGCCCUGGCGGCCGCAGCUUAUGCCAAACAACUUCUCUCUGUGCUUCCAGCAGCCCAUUUUUCGCCUAGUCAGGCGGCACGGCAGAGGUUUUUCAUGAUGCCCUUUGAUCGAAAUCCACGCUUCCGAGGACGAACCGACGUACUCGAGAAGCUGGAGACGCUGGUUUUGACCCAGAAUCAGAUCCGAAAGGCUGCCAUUUCAGGGCUAGGGGGAGUUGGGAAGACGCAGAUCGCAAUCGAUCUGGCAUACAGAAUUCGUGAUCAAGCGCCCCAGCAAUCCAUCUUUUGGAUCCAAGCAACAAGUGUCGAUGCCGUGGAAAAGUCAUUUGCAGACAUCGGUCAUACCGUCGGGCUGCGAAAUGCAACCCCGGACAGCAUCAAGGCCGAUGUGAAGGCCUACCUAAGCUCGGAACGGGCGGGCUCAUGGCUCCUGAUCAUCGACAAUGCUGAUGAUGCAGAUAUGUGGAUGUCCCCGCCAACCGUACUAAAAGACUUUCUUCCUCGGAGCGAGACUGGGCUUACCAUCUAUACUACACGGAAUCAGCAACUGGCCACCCGUCUAGUAGGACCGGAGGUCAUCAAAGUCUCAGAGUUAGAUGACCAGUUAGCAACGGAGCUCUUUCGUGCGUCUUUGAUGAAUGAAGAUCUGAUGACGGAUGAUAAGUCGGCUACGAUGCUGUUUCAUCAGCUAGGGGGUCUACCUCUCGCUCUCACCCAAGCAGCAAGCUACAUCAACCAGAACAGCAUCAGCCUGAAAGAGUAUCUAUUGCUCCUGAAUGAGCAAGAACAUAUCAAAGUGGAGUUACUCAGCCAGGACUUCGACGACGACUAUCGAUAUGAGGAAACGCAGAAUCCGGUGGCAACAACAUGGCUGAUCUCGUUUGAGCAGAUCCGCCGGUCAAAUCCAAUGGCCACGGAAUAUCUGUCGCAUAUUGCAUGUAUUCACCAUCGAGACAUCCCAUUGUCCCUCCUCCCGCCAGGAGGCUCCCCAGUAGAGCAACAGAAAGCACUGGGACUGUUGAAGGCCUAUUCUUUUCUAACCCAGAUGACUGACAGCGUGUUCCUUAAUAUGCACCGACUCGUUCAUUUAGCGACGCGAAAUUGGCUUCGGGGCGAAAACCUUCUCGACGGCAGGACAGUCCAGACUUGUGACUUUUUCAACGACAUCCUUCCCUCUGAUGACCACGAGAACCGUGCGUUAUGGCGGGAAUACUUACCGCACGCACAGUUUCUCCUCCAAACUCCAGAGUGUCUUGAAGGAGGUCUUGAAAGGCAAGACUUGUGCGGGAUGGUUGCUUUGUAUCUAUCCGCCGACGGAAGAUAUAAUGAUGCUGAGCCCCUUUUUCGAGAGGUGCACGCAAACAGAGCUCUCUUGCUAGGUAAAACACAUCCAAAAACGGUCGACAGCAUAGCCAAACUUGCAUGGACAUACCAGAACCAAAUGCGAUGGAAUGAGGCUGAAGAGCUAGAGUCACAAGUAUUGAGUUUUAGGAAGAUAACGUCAGGUCCAGAACACCCUGAUACGCUCAUUAGCAUGUCUAAUCUUGCAACCACAUAUAGCAACCAGGAGCGAGGGAAAGAAGCUGAAGAGCUGGAGAUACAAGUCUUGAAUAUCCACAAGAAAGAACAAGGCCUAGAACACCCUGAUACGAUUACCAGCAUGGCCAAUCUUGCAUCCACAUACCAGACCCAGGAGCGAUGGGAGGAAGCUGAAGAGCUGCAGGUACAAGCCUUGGAUACUCGCAAGAUAAUACUAGGUCCAGAACACCCUGAUACACUCUCCAGCAUGGCCAAUCUUGCAUCCACAUAUGAGAACCUGGGGUAUUGGGAAGAAGCUGAAGAGCUGGAGAUACAAGCCUUGAAUACUCGCAAAAUAAUACUAGGUCCAGAACACCCUGAUACACUCACCAGCAUGGCCAAUCUUGCAUGCACAUAUGGGACCCAGGGGCGAUUUAAGGAAGCUGAAGAGCUGGAGAUACAAGUAUUAGAUGCUCACAAAAUAAUACUAGGCCGAGGACACCCUGAAACACUCGUCAGCAUGGAGAAUCUUGCAUGCACAUACUGGAACCAGGGGAAGUGGAAGGAAGCUGAAGAGCUGGAGAUGGAAGUCUUGAAUACUCACAAGGCAGUGCUGGGACCGGAACAUCCUUCUACUUUGCUCAGCAUGGGGAAUCUGACUUCUACUCAAAGCAUUCGAGGUCAGAUCACCAAGGCCAUAGCUUUG